CAGGUUGAUCUAUACCUCUGAAUCUAAAACUUCAAACCCAACACAGAUUAAAUUUAGAAGGAAAUUAAAAUCUCUCCUCAAUGGCCAGCGACGGAGAUCAGGCAGGGAGGCAUCUCGAGGUCGGUCACAAGAGUCUCCUGCAAAGCGAUGCUCUCUACCAGUAUAUUCUGGAGACCAGUGUGUACCCAAGAGAGCCUGAAUCCAUGAAGGAGCUUAGAGAGUUGACUGCCAAACACCCAUGGAACAUCAUGACCACAUCAGCAGAUGAAGGGCAGUUCCUGAACAUGAUUUUGAAGCUGAUCAAUGCCAAGAACACCAUGGAGAUUGGUGUCUAUACAGGCUACUCUCUCUUGGCCACCGCCCUUGCUCUUCCUGAUGAUGGAAAGAUCCUUGCCAUGGACAUUAACAGAGAAAACUAUGAAUUGGGUCUACCAGUAAUUGAAAAGGCUGGUGUUGCUCACAAGAUUGAUUUCAGAGAAGGUCCUGCUCUCCCUGUUCUUGACCAGAUGAUUGAAGAUGAGAAUAAUCAUGGAUCCUUUGAUUUCAUAUUUGUGGACGCUGAUAAGGACAACUAUCUUAACUACCACAAGAGGCUGAUUGACCUGGUGAAGGUUGGGGGUUUGAUCGGGUACGACAACACCCUAUGGAAUGGAUCUGUGGUGGCACCUCCUGAUGCUCCUCUAAGGAAGUAUAUCAGGUACUACAGGGACUUUGUUUUGGAACUCAACAAGGCACUUGCUGCUGACCCUAGGAUUGAGAUCUGCAUGCUUCCUGUUGGAGAUGGGAUCACUCUCUGCCGUCGAAUUAAGUGACCAGGUCAAAGUCAAUCAACCAAUCACCUCUGGAUGACCAAAAAGAGAAUGAUGUGUAUUUUUCUUAUGUGUUUUACAAUCCCUUGCUUAUGGAAAAGUUAACAAUAAUUUCUUUCUUAUUCUUCCUGUCCUAAUGAGUAUGGCCAACAAAGCCAUCAAACAGUAGAAACAGGUCAACAAAAUGAGGUGGUGAUUCUUGAAGUUCAUGUGGACUUUUUCAUCGUGCGUGGGUGGCUCACCCACCAAACAAAAAACCUGUCGGACUCAUGCUUAUUUUAUCAUUAAGCUAUAUAUAUGUGUGUGUUCUCUCUUUUGGUCA